GAGGCUUCCUCUGAAGACCACCUGCUGGGGGUGGGGAGAGCAGGAGAACCCGUCCGUGGCGAUGCUCACGUGGGGCUUGCAGUGGAUGCAUCCCCUCGGCCACUGCGAGAACAGGGAAGUUGGUCUUCUCCCUUAGGGACCCCUUAUGUAAUGUCCUCCUUGCCUUGCAGGGCUGCUAUGAAGAUUGCUCUCCAGGGAUGGGGCCUUGGAAGUCCUUGGAGAACCCGGAGAGCUGCUAAGGGCUGUUCCUACCACCUGGUGUGCCAGGAAGGCUUGGAGAGACGUCGGCAUCACCCUCCAGAAUGGCCCCCAUGGAGUCCACCGAGCCCCUGCCCGCGGGGGUUGUCCCCGGCAUCCAGGACGCUGCCUUGCCAGAUCAACGGCCCCCCAGCCCGGAGCCUCCUCCCAGGCUCCCCCCAGGCCCGGCCUUCCUGGCCCCCGGGGUGGACGUGACGGCCCUCUCUCGCACCAUCCGCCUAUACCGCCCGGCUGGCCCCCUCUCGGGCUCCCAGCCCCUCGUCUUGCUGCUGCCCUGGUUUGGGGCUCAGCCCCGGGCCUUGGCCAGGUACCUCUCCCUCUACCUGGGGCGCCGCUGGCCUGUGCUGGUGGCGGACAGCGCCCUGGAGCACUUCCUGUGGCCGCGCUGGGGACUGGCAUACGCCGCCCGUGUGCUUGGGCUGCUCGGGGAGGGGACGGCCCUGGGCACCCGGCCCCUCCUCAUCCACGCCUUCUCCAUCGGCGGGUACACCUUCGCCCAGAUGAUGGUGCAUCUGGCCAGCCACCCGGAGCAGCACGCUGGCCUUCGGGAGCGGAUCCGUGGCUUGAUCUACGACAGCCUGGUGGCAGGAAGCCUGGCAGACAUGGCCCAAGGGGUGGCCAAGAUGAGCAGCAGCUCAGCAGCCUUGCGCCCGCUCAUCCGCCGAGGGACCCUGUUGUACUUCAGCCUCUUCCGGCGAUGCACGGUGCCAUAUUAUGAGGCCGCCCUUGACGUCUUCCACCACCCGCCCCUCCGCUGCCCCGUCCUGGUCUUCUACUGCCACAAUGACCCGCUGAGCGACAUCCGGGUGAUGGAGCAGCUGCUGGACACCUGGCGGGCGGCCAGCAUCCCCGUCCACGUGCAGGAGUGGCAGGUGUCCCGCCAUGCGGCCCACCUGCGCCUCUAUCCCCAGGAGUACACCCGAGCCCUGGACGCGUUCUUGCAGCAGCUGGACCUGGCCCCCGACAAACCCCUAGCAAAACUGUAGGAGGGGAACCGGCCGGCUCUCACCCUUAGGAAUGACCAACUGGAGGAGAUGGGUGGCACAAGAGCCCACCCCCACCCCCCACCCCGCCAGCCAGGCCGCGCCCUGGAAAGGAAAGAAGGGUGCUGGCGAGAGGAGGAGGAUUCCUGGGUCGGAAGGAGGGUCUCUCCCCAACCAAGGGAGAGCAAGGGCACACAAGCCACAGACGGGCACCCUUCCCAGCCCCAUUUGGUACAGGGUCUCAAGGGAGACAAGGAAACCCCCUGGAACGUGGCUCUCCCGUGGCAUUUUCACUCGUGGAGCCAGAAUCAGAGGCAGGAUCACGGUCCCCCGACGACCCCCCUCUCCCUUCCACAAUAAAGCCCUUCCUCCAGUUGCAGGUUGCCUGUAUGUGUGCGUGCGCACCCGUCUUGAGAGCGAGGAGCUGCCUUGGUACCUCCAGGGAGGCAAGUCUGAACAUGCCACAAGGGGAGGAU